GUACAGGGCCCCCUUGACCGACGCUGACUGCAUGCUAAGCGCGUAAAUCACUUCUCCAUCCGCUGACAAAAGGAUGGAUGCCUCCGGACCGUGGUGGCUGCAUUCCCUCGCUGGAUUAUGGAGACUCAGCUAUCGAUAUCGCGCUAGACGUCGUUCAUCCUACAUUUGCUUUCUCUUCUACUAACUUUUCGGGCACGAUAAUCGGCCAUGUCUACGAGGUCCUCCAUCAAGUGGAAUCCCUCGUUGACAGACGAAAAUGAGGCCUACGUGGUCGUCAUCGCCACCACGGUGAUGACAGCCUUGAUCAUCCUAUCCACGUCCAUGCGCAUUGGUAUGAAGCUGUGGUGCCGCUUGCCCCUGCAGAUUGAAGAUUUCUUGAUCGUUAUCAGCCUGGGCAUCAACCUGGCCUCCAAUGCGAUCGAGUACGAGUCCGUAAAAGUAGGCUUUGGGCGCCAUCUCCAAUUCCUGACCAGAGACCAAGAGCGAGCGCUGCGAAGAUGGAAUCAAAUUGCUCUUUGUCUCGCAAACCUCGCUAUAUGGUCGGUCAAAUUAUCUAUCUGCUUCUUCAUCCUCUCCCUCAUUCGUGGCACAUACCGCCGGUCGCGAUGGGUCAUUUACGGGUUGAUAACUAUUACCUGUAUUGCCCAUGGAAGCCAAACCAUCGUCUGGGCUACGCAGGCGCGGCCGUUGGAGAAACUCUGGCACCCCGAGGUCCCCGGAACGGUCCGCACUAAAAAGACUCUGGUCAACUCUAUUAUUGCAUUCACAGCGAUCUCCAGUGUAACCGAUCUGUUCUACGCAAUCUUGCCCAUCUACUUCUUUGGGAAUCUACAGAUGAGUCUCCAGAAGAAAAUCACCGUGUUGGCCUUGACCGGAUCCGGUCUUCUUGUCUUCGCCGCCUCCAUCAUCCGCGUCGGGUUCGUCAAUGACUUCAAGGACCCAGAUAUGUCCUGGGCUUUGCGAAGAGUCUACGUCUGCACCAUUGUAGAGCGUAAUCUUGCCGAGUUCAUCGCCGAUCUGCCAGCAAUCUUCCCGCUGAUACGUAGCAUGCACAAGAAGGUUGUUACAGUAAUCACCCAAGGUAGUCGAGGCACCUCCAAGUCUGGGUCGUACGGCCCAACGAAUAGCCUGACGAUUGGAUCCGAGCACAAACGGCUUCAUAACGGUAAGCGUGGGAAAUUCGCUGCCUAUGGACCGAAUGGGCAAUUCACCACAAUUCACGAUAACUCGGACGAUGAAAUCCCUCUAAAAGAUGGGCUCAACCGUCCCAGCUCGGCUGCGAAGAAGAAUGAGAGGGGAAUCACCGUACAGGUGAACAUUGACGUGGAAUCGCAAGAGCACAAUGACAGUAGGCCGGUAUGGCCUAAAGGAAGUCUAAGGCCUAAGGUUUAGAAGCAGGGCUAGUACGAUUCUUUGCAUGUGUGGAGAUACAGGCGCUUUCGUUCUACCGUCUCUUUUGCAGUCUUCCAGGUCUAUCAACAAUAGAGAGAUAGGUCAAUGCGGUGG